UAUAUUUAAUAACAGUACAAAUUAAUUUUAUUACAGUUCUAGCAAUUUCGCCAAGUGAAGAUGGUAUUAAUGUAACAACAGAACUAUGUUACUAUGUGGAGACUAUUCGGACAAGGAAUAAAAUGUGGCUUCCAUACACAUGCUUACAUCUGGCAGCAAGAUCCAGACCAUUUUAUGGUCCGUCUGAAAAAUUACCUGUACCAAUCAAAAUAAAGCCCCCUUCAGUCCCUAGGAAGAGGAAAAUCAAAGAAGACCACCCAUUACCUCUCAGUGUAAAACCAUUAAAAUCAAGGGAACCCGACUUAAACAUAACAUAUGAUAUAAGACAUACUCCAUUAAAACAAGGAAAAUAUGAAAAUGCAUUUAAAGAAUUUGUGAGACGUGGAAAAGAAAUGCUUUUUGAUGAAUUUUAUUCACAAUUACAAGAUAAUAAAGAAAAUGAGGAAUGUUUGUAUUAUGUUAAAAAUAUUGAUGCAAGUACGGAAGAUAAAUUUGAAAUGAUUAUAAAGAAAUCAGUUUCCGAGAAAGAAAUUGAGAAUUACUUGCAUCAGUGCUGGAGAUAUAAUCUUGUACAUAAGCAAACUGAAAACAAGGAAAAUAUUGAUUACAAUAAAUCAUUAUCGCCAGAGAAAAUGCCAAUAACUCUGCAUGCGCCAUGGUGCUUGGUGUGUGGCGAAGGAGAACGCCUGCGCCAGUGUCCUAACUGUCCCUCUUCCUUCCAUCUAGCCUGCAGAAGAGAAUGGCUCGUCACAAUAAUACAUCGUAAAAAACUACCAAAUAAAUCGCAAAAGCAAGUGACAUUUGUGGACAAAAUUCUAUCGAGCACCCGCACUAUAUGCUCUGUGAAGAAAGAGAAGGAAAAUAUGGAGCUAUGUCCCAGCUGCAUGUGGGGACCUAAAGUUGGUUACGAGGACGUGGUGUGGCACAAGCUGGGCUCGUGUCCAUGGUGGCCGGCACGCGUACUGGCACCGGGCGCUGUGCCCUCUUGUCUGCUGUCCCGCUCGCACACGCCGCACCAGUGGCCACUCAAGUACUACGGUACAGAGAACCACUCGUGGGGCGACAGUGCGCGCAUGUGCCUGUUCCUGCCGAGCCACACGGCGGCGCUGCGUUCGCGCGACGACACGCUGCAGCGCGCGAUGCUCGACGCCUGCGACGAUUACAUAGCAGUUUACCUCACAUGAAACUUUGCUAUUACUUUUUAAACAGGAACACAUUUAUUUUAAGUGGAGAUUUACUUUUGACAAAUUUUAAAUAAGAAGAGUUUCU